AUGCUUUCCUUCCUAGGCUCAAACCGGUUGAAACUGACUGUCCUCUCAGAAGACAGGUUGCAGAUGAAAUGGAAAGAAACGGAAGGAAAUGCCAACGGAUACAAAGUUCGCGUGAAGCCCAUGGCAGGUGACUCUGAGCAGGAAGUCAUGCUGAAAACCAAGACCGCCAAAGCGACGGUGGGAGGGUUGAGUCCCACGAAAGAGUAUACCUUGCAGAUCUACAUCCUCAACGGUUCUCAGGAGGCCCUCUUUGUCAAGAGGAAAUUUGUGAUUGAGGAGCUGAAGAACCUCUCCCAAGCCAGAAGUAACAGGAGGCAACCAACAGGCGCUCCAGAAAAGGCAGAGGCGCCUUUAGAGACCCCAGCAGCUGAAUACACCCUGGAGACUGAGGCCACUUCACCACCUGCCCGCAGUGACACACCAGCCGUGAUAAGAAGGGAAGAGCCAGAGAAGAGGCGGGAAAAAGCCAUUUCCAAAGGGGCGAGCGAAUAUUUGCCAAAUGCCGAGCUGACUGUGAUGUCAACGGCACCAACAACCCUGAAGACGACUCUGUCAAGCCUAGCAGAAUUUGAAAUGGACUAUCUGGCCCGAGAGAAAACAUCCAGAGAAAGCUCACGGAGAGUUUCUCACUUUCAUUGCGACACCUCUGCAAUGAUCGACAUCGUCCUGCUCGUUGACGGAUCUUGGAGCAUCGGGAGAAACAACUUUGGGCUCAUCCGAGGAUUCCUGGCUGGUUUGGUUGCACCUUUCAACAUCGCUCAGGACAAGAUAAGAGUGGCCUUAUCCCAGUACAGCAGUGACCCGCGUACAGAAUGGGAACUGAAUACAUACUCCACCCGGGAUGAGGUGUUAGAGGCCCUGAGGAGCUUGCAGUAUAAAGGAGGCAACACAUUCACAGGAUUGGCGCUGACGCAUGUCCUGGAACAGAACCUGAGGCCUGAAGCUGGUGCGCGGCCAGAAGCCCCCAAGCUGAUCAUUCUCUUGACUGAUGGCAAAUCUCAGGAUGAUGCCAGUCCGUCCGCCCAGACCUUGAAGGAUAUGGGAAUAGAGAUAUUUGCUGUUGGGGUGAAAAAUGCAGACGAGGCAGAGUUGCGCCAUGUGGCCUCCGAACCUUUGGAACUGACGGUGUACAAUGUGCUGGAUUUCCCUUUGCUCAGCUCUCUGGCCAGCCGGCUCACCCGGGUCUUGUGUUCCCGGAUCAAGGAGAUGAAUAAGGAAGAGAACACAGGUGAUGACCCUCUCAAAGCCAUACUGGUGAAUAGUGGAGCCCACCUGAGCCCAACCAAUCUUGCUAUAAAGGAGGUAACAUCCAGAAGUAUACGCCUCAUCUGGAACCCCCCUCUGAUACCACCUAAAAAAUAUAGGGUGGUCUAUUACCCCUCUAGGGGUGGGAUUCCCAAAGAGGUUGUUUUAGAUGGGGCAGCCUCGGCCGUGCAGCUCCUCAACUUGACAUCCCACACAGAAUAUCUGGUUUCAGUGUUUCCUAUUUAUGAGAACGCGGUUGGAGAUGGACUCAGAGGCAUCACCUCAACAUUGCCUCUCUCUGCCCCUGGGUCCCUCAGAGCUUCUGAAAUCAGCCACAACAGCAUACGACUGAGCUGGGAGCCAGCAGAUGGAGCUAGCCAGUAUCUGGUUCUUUGCUCCUCAGCACCCAAUGGAGCAGAAGAUGUUACCAGAGAGAUUAAGGUAGAACAGCCUGACGUUCUUCUUGAGGGCUUGUCCCCCAACACUGAAUAUUCGCUGGCCGUUUACGCAAUGUAUGGAGAAGAUGCUAGCGAUCCGGCGAGUGUACAGGAAACCACUUUGGCCCUGAGCCCUCCACAGUUCUUGCAUUUCUCCAACAUCAGCCAUGCCUCGGUCAGGGUCAAUUGGGAGGCGGCUUCACAUGCUGUGAAAAAGCACCGCGUAACGUACAUCUCCAGCAGGGGGAGCAACACUGGAGAGGUGGACGUUCCUGGCAACGCUUCCUUUGCUGCGCUGAAGCCUCUCUCGUCGUUGACGCAGUAUUUCGUCAGCGUGAUUUCCGUUUAUGAUGAAGGGGACUCCUUCCCUGUAACGGCCAACGUCACCACAUUAAAGGUGCCCCCACCAAGCCACCUGAAAGUCACCGAGCUCUCGCAAGGGGAGGUCCAGCUCGAAUGGGAAGCAUCUGCAGCGUCUGACGUGGUUGUCUACCAGAUCAAAUGGAACGUGAUUGGGGAAAAGAGGGCACAGGAGCUGUCUGUUGCUGGAAAUUUGGCGUCUUCUAUUCUUCCUGGCCUGAAAAAGAACACCGAGUACCAGAUCUCAAUAUGGGCGUAUUACAGAGAUGGGGCUCGGAGCGAUACCAUCUCUGUCCGGCACAAGAUCACGGCCAAGAAUCCACCCAGCAACCUCUUUGUGGACUCAGAAACACCCAGCAGCUUCCAGGUCCACUGGGAUCCUCCAGAGGGCGCUGUGCAGCACUACAGACUCAGCUAUGCUCCCGAGAGUGGAACCAAGCACCAGGAAACGAUAACAGUUUCUGGGAGGAGCAGGUCAAUCACUCUCCACUCACUGCUUCCUAAUCGAUUGUACAUGGUGACGGUUUCCGCAGUCUAUCUCACAGGAGAAAGUGACCCUGUAUCGACCAUAGGCCAGACAGCUUCUCUUUUGGCCAGACUGCCCACAAUAAGAGGAUCUUACCCUUUCAAAGCUGAAGACUGCCCUGUCCUGGACUCCAUGGAAGGUUCUCUGCAAGGUUAUGAUAUGAUGGAGGUGUUUGGACUGAUGGAAAAGGAGUACGCCUCCAUCAAAGGAGUUGCUAUGGAACCCUACAUCUUCCUAGGAAUCCACACUUACACUCUUUUCAGGGAUAUCCAGCUGACCCGGAAGACAAGCGAAGUGUUUCCUUCUGGGAUGCCAACCGAAUACACUAUCACUUUCCUCCUCCGGCUCCUGCCAGAAAGCCCUCGGGAAGCCUUUGCUGUGUGGCAGAUAACAGAUGAGGACUUCCAGCCUGUACUUGGCAUCAUACUUGACCCCAACAAGAAAUCCUUGAUAUAUUUCCACCGUGACUAUGAAGCUGAUGUCGAGGAAGUCACCUUUGACCAGCAGGAAGUGAAGAAGAUAUUCUACGGCAGUUUUCACAAGGUGCACCUAUCUGUGAGCCGUUCCAGGGUCAGGCUCUAUAUCGACUGCAAGAAGACAUCGGAGAAAUUGCUUGGAACUUCGGAGAGCAUUUCGACGGCUGGCUUUGUCAUGCUCGGGAAACUCACCAGGACGCGAGGGCCGCGGAGCGGGUCAGCAGCGUUCCAGCUGCAGUCACUGCAGAUUGUGUGCAGCAGUUUGUGGCCUGAAGAGGACAGAUGUUGUGAUGUUCCAGCAAUGAGAGAUGAAGAGGUCUGCCCUAGCUUCCUCCCGUCUUGCAGCUGCACUUCUGAGAUCCCAGGCCUCCCAGGGCCUCCAGGGCCUCCGGGUAGUCCUGGAAGGAGAGGACCUCAGGGCGAACAAGGCGAGCCAGGCCCCAAGGGUGAGCCAGGCCCACCUGGGCAAGUUGGGCCAGAAGGUCCGGGAGGACACCAAGGGACACCAGGCACCCAAGGGAAGACUGUGCAGGGUCCCAUAGGGCCACCAGGUAUUAAAGGAGACAAAGGAGACAGUGGAAGUCCAGGGAUGCAGGGUUUGAUGGGUCCUCAAGGAGCUCCAGGGAAAGAUGGGAUUCAAGGAUCAAAGGGUGUUCGAGGCCUGGAAGGCACGGCUGGACCUCCUGGACCACCAGGACCAAGGGGUUUUCAAGGCGUAGCAGGAGCCCGAGGCACCAGUGGGGAGAAGGGGCCCCCAGGAGAAGUUGGCCCGACGGGGCUGCCUGGUCCAAAAGGAGAAAGGGGAGAGAAGGGUGAAGCCCAGUCUUUAGCCACAAUCUAUCAUCUGGUUAAUCAGGCUUGUGAGCGCCUAAUUCAGUCUCACGUGUUGAAGUUUGACUCAUUCGUCCAUGAACAUUCACAGAAGCCAGUUCCCAUUUGGGAAGAUAAGCUGAAGCCUGGAGAACCUGGUCCGCCCGGUCUUCCUGGGCCUCCUGGCAUGAAAGGAGAGAGAGGAGAAGCUGGGAUGCCUGGACAGCCCGGCAGAGAUGGAUAUCCAGGAGAAAGAGGUGCCUCUGGACCCAAAGGGGAGAAAGGUUCUCCUGGAACAAAUGAGGAAGGUUCUCAAGGUCCUAGAGGUCGAACAGGUCCAGUAGGAGAAGAAAUGCUUGGCAAACAAGGCUCAAAGGGAUCCCCUGGCAGCACUGGGCCCCCUGGGUUUCCUGGAGCAAGAGGUCAACCAGGAGAGCCUGGCCAUGGAGGCGGUUGUGUCCUUUCAGGGUGCUAUGAAGAGAGUACAAUAGAUGCAGGGCUGAUCCCCUAAUGGCUGGUAUACAGGAUGCUGCAGACUGACUUUUGGCUUCCCAGGCCCCUCUGCUGUAAACUUCUAUUUACCUAUAGGACAGCUGUGACUUGAAGAUUCACAUUUUCCCUCCCCCCCCCCAUAAAAUGGCACAGUUUUUGUC